CGAAUGGACGCGCAGCCUUGAAGUCGACGCACGGUUAUAAGAGAGAGCGCGGGCUGUGAGGUGGAGAUCUUACAGAGUAUAAGAAGAGGGUUGCUCACAGUCAGAGCGUUACAGAGACAGCUGACCGCUGCUAAGGAGCCAGCCUCUCCGCCACUAUCCGGAUAGCGCACCGGGGAACGACUUCAGCUCUUUUACGCACAGGCUCUCUGCUUCCCAAAAUUCUUUUUUUGGAACAAUUUCACUUUUUUCCCCACUCAUUACAUUUCUUCGGACUUCAUUCCCUUGCAAAAAAUUAAGUUCAUUGCGAUAUUUUGGAGAGAGUGGGCAGCGCAGCAGCAUGGAGCCGUACACGGUCCCGGGAGCUCAGCUCUCCCUGUCAGACCUUUACUCCGUCAUCCCCUACAAUGUCACCUUCCCGGACGAGGAGAGCGGCUUGAUGGGCGGCAGGCUGCAGAACUACACGGAGCAGAAGGGUCCGGUGAGGAGCGCCGGGGGGAUCAUCAUCGCCAUAUCCAUCACGGCUCUCUACUCCGUUAUCUGCGUGGUGGGACUGCUGGGCAACGUCCUCGUCAUGUACGGGGUGGUCAGAUACACCAAGAUGAAGACGGCCACUAACAUUUACAUCUUCAACUUGGCCCUCGCCGACGCCCUGGCCACCAGCACGCUGCCAUUCCAGAGUGCCAAAUACCUCAUGAACACCUGGCCGUUUGGAGAAAUCCUGUGCAAGCUCAUAAUUGCCAUCGAUUACUACAACAUGUUCACAAGCAUCUUCACCCUCACCAUGAUGAGCGUGGACCGCUACAUCGCUGUGUGCCACCCGGUCAGGGCGCUGGAGUUCCGCACGCCCGUCAAGGCCAAGAUGAUCAACGUGCUCAUCUGGGUCCUGUCCUCAGCGAUUGGGGUGCCUAUUAUGUUCAUGGCUGUGACCAAAGUGUCAGAUAAUGGUAAAACCAUGUGCAUGCUGAAGUUCCCAGACCCUGACUGGUACUGGGACACAGUGACAAAGAUCUGCGUCUUCAUCUUUGCUUUUGUGGUUCCUGUGAUGGUGAUCACCAUAUGUUACGGCCUGAUGAUCCUGCGCCUGAGGAGCGUCCGACUGCUUUCAGGGUCCAAGGAGAAAGACCGCAACAUGCGCCGAAUUACCCGCAUGGUCCUGGUGGUGGUUGCUGCCUUCAUCAUCUGCUGGACCCCAAUCCACAUCUUCAUCAUCGUGAAGACCAUGGUAGAGAUUGACAGCAGGAACCCCUUCGUUAUUGCGAGCUGGCAUCUGUGCAUCGCCUUGGGCUAUACCAACAGCAGCCUCAAUCCUGUCCUUUAUGCAUUUUUGGAUGAAAACUUUAAGAGAUGCUUCAGGGAUUUCUGCCUUCCAUGCAGGACCCGCGUGGAGCAGCACAGUCUGGCCAGAGGCCGCAACAACACCAGGGAGCCUGUGUCCGUCUGUGCUCCGUCAGAAGCAGGGAAGAAGCCAGCAUGACUAGGCAUGGACCGGGUCCCCCACAGCUCUCGCUCGAGGAGGAUCCAGCAAGAUCUGCAAUCUGAGGUCACCCAGAUCUCCACAACAGAGUUUUGAAAAACCUUUAUGACAAAAAAAAAAGUUUCAAGAAUAUGAGUCUGCAAGUUCUUUCUGAUUGGGCUAAUAAAAAGGACUUUCAAAGGAAUGGCUAAAGGUAAUGGAAACUACGUUUGAUGCUGCUCUUUUCCAUGAGAGUCCUGAUAACAAAGUGGAAUCUUUGAUCUCGCGGGACAUGUGACGUCUUACAAAGGCAGUGGCAGAACAAGAGAAAGAGAAAGUCCAAAUUCUAAAGCAGGAAUAUGAAACCAAAAGUAUCCAGCUCAUUUGUCUGGCCAAAGCACCUCACUACGAGAGUACUGGACUUUUUUGAUGAUGAUAAAAGGACAAAGAACCAUCUGCAGGCAUCUGUCUUGUCAAGCAGUGAAUGCAGCACUCAGACUCCAUCCUUCAGAUUGAAUUGAAAAAUAAAAAGACAUGUGGAGAGAGUGACAAAGUUGCAACAAAAGGAAGAAGUGGUUUACAACAAAUGUUCAGAACUUCUUCAAAAGGAAACUCGCCUAUUUAUUCAGAGUAACAACUGAGAUUGUAUCAACUUGUAACAUCAUCACCAGAGAGAUGUAUCUUUUAUAUCAACGUGAAACUAACAAGCCUUUCAGAGCAGAACCACACCACCUUUACCCACCGACAGCUGGAUGAUGAAUUGUGGCAUAGUAUUUUUUCAAAACAAUGCCAACCAAUCUAUACAUGGAGCAUAAUGCAUGAGCUACACUUAACGUGAUUCAGCCGUCUUUUGCAGCCAAAAUGAAUUCGCCUUACAUCUUGUCCCUGAGCGAUGGAUGUCCCGUCGCACGUUCUCAUGCUCACUGUGAUCGUCAUCUGAUUAACAUUUAAUUGUCUGCACCACAACAGAGGUGUGGUGCUUUGUAUAUAUAU